ACUAAGCACGAAAAACGAUGGAAAGUAGCACAACAACUUCAGAUGAUGAGGAAAACCCUAAUCAAUCUGUAUCCAUUUCGUACAUAGAAAUUCCACCCUCGUAUGGAAGACCCACACUACAGUCUGUUGAAAAUAUAUCACUUGUAGGGUUACAGAACAUUUCAGGACCUUUCAAACUCGCAGAUCAUUCCACAAUAAAUUCUUAUCAACAAUCUGAAGAUAAAAACUACGAGUACCAUAAUUUGACUUCUUCAAACUUUGAAACAGACCAUUCACAAGCAACAGAAGAAACAUUCAAGCAACUUCUUAAGUCCUGGAAUUUAGAACAUCUUACAGAAUUUUUAACAUCUGAAAAAAUAAACAUCGAAAUUUUGAAAAUAAUUAAACGACGUCACAUUAAUAUGCUUUUUAAAACCCAAAAAAUUGGGGAUUUGGUGGUAUUCGAACAGAGUUUAGCAGAAUGGCGUUCAAGUUUGUCAUUGUUCGUGGACGAAGAGGAAAGCGAAUCUCUUCAUGAAAGAGGAAAUCAAAAGCCUCUUUCAAUCGCAUCAUGCAACUCUUCACCGACUACCUCAAAAGGAAUUGAGUCACCAGACCCGAGUGAUGUCUUUAUAUCAUUAUCGGACAUAAUGAACGAGAAUGUGAAAUCAAAAAUUAUAACAGAUUACUAUGAGCGGUAUUCCAAAUUACAAGACGAGCAUAGGUCCAUGUUGAUAAGCAUGAUUUGCAAUUAUUUCCAAGAAAACUAUUAUCACAUGUCCUUGGGAACUAGUUAUAGGUUAGAAAAUGAAAUACUUAAACGUUUCUCCGGAGAAAAACUGGAAUACUACCGUGUGGGCAGAAGAGGAAAAAUAUAUGCCAAGGCUUGUAACGACAAAAGAUGCUUUCGGUCACUCCUUAAAAGGACAUUAGCUCCGGAACCGGAUGGACCUGAUACCCCUAAAGUUGAAUCAACAAAUCCACGUAAGAUACAAUUCAGUCCUGAAGGUGAUGCAGAAGAAUCUAUCCGAAGCUUAAAAUAUGACAAUUUAUCGGCUAUGGAAUUUGACAGCUGUUGGCAAUCAUGUAGUCAGUAUAGGAUGAAAAACAUUCAGGAAGCCAGUUCUCUGGAAAGCAUAUUUGCAAAAUGGCCGGAGUAUAAAUACCCAACUGGAUAUCGCUUAAUUGAUAAGGAUUUUGCGAUUGUGUUUGGAAGUCGUCCAGGAAUCCUUUCAAGAUGGCCGGAACAAGCAACUGCAUUGAAAAACUUUCUCUUGAGGGGAAACCACUUGAAGGAUAAACCAAUACGGGAAAUGCUUCAAGAAAUUGGGGAUUCGGAUAUGAAUAAAGAUACAACAGCAGCAAAAAUGAUGUGGUGCUUGCACUUCUUUUUAAUACCAACUCAAAAAGCUGUAAAAAAGGACAACACAGGAAAAAAGAGAGUGGUUAAAUUUACAGUUCAUAGCUCACAGCAAGCGUUCCUGUUUCUAGCCCCUUCUGUUCAAGAAAUGGACAAUCACCUUGAAUUUUUAAAAUCAAAAGGCGAAAAUAUUCAGCCGUUUAUUCUUGGUCUAGGUGACAAUAAUUUUAAUACAAUCUCAAACUUCUAUGUAUAUUUAGACGGCGUUAAGUUUAUUUUCAAUAGCUUCCUAAGGGCUGUUGAUAUUUGUUUCAAAGCUUUUCACCUAUUUAAUUUGGAAUAUCCUCUAGCCUGCUCUCAAUUUUGGUCGUUUAUCGAGAAUCAUUUUUAUGACAUGAAAAGUUCAAAAAAUACAUCUUCCAAAAUGUUUGUUCUUUCAGAAGAGUUAAGGGGCUCUUCUUCCUAAAUGUUAUUUAAUUUUACUUUAAUAUCAUUUCCUAAAUAUUAUUUAAUUUUACUUUAA